AUGUCCACACCCUGGUCUGGACCGGCCCCUGUGGACCCAGACCCCUGUGGACCCAGACCCCUGUGGACCCAGACCCCUGUUGACCCAGACCCCUGUGAACCCGGACCCCAUGCGGACCCGGACCCCUGUGGUUCCGGACCCCUGUGGACCCGGACCCCUGUGGCAGAUGGGCGUCUCAGAGCGGAGGCUGCACAUGACACUCAUUCACCUCAGACACACUCUCCCUCACUUCAAAUCAUAAAUAAUGCACAGGCGCGACGGUCAAUGUGGGCCGCAGGGGGGGGGGAGGUGAGGAGGAAGGGGGGGAGGUGA